AUGUUGAAAAAUCAAUACAAUGAAAAAUCCUCCAGAGUUGAAGAACGUGAGCAGAUCAUACAGGAACAAAAAGCUGAAGCUGCUAAUAUACUUGACCAACAGGAAAAAAAAAAGAAAAAGUCUGUCCUUGAAAUUGAAAAACUAGACAGGACCUUACAGUCACUGCAUCUGGAUGUAAUAGCUUCCCAGCAGAAACACAAAGUGGAACUUGCUCAGCUAGAACAGCAGAUAACACAGCUUGAAAGAGACCUUACAGAUGCCAGGAAACUUUAUAGUCAAAAAGAUCAGGCAAUACGCAAAAGAGAUGACCUUCUGAGAAAGUCGGAAGCUGAUUUCCUGCAGGCAAGGGAAGGUAUCAAAGCAAAAGUGGCUGAGGUGGAGCACCUUGACAGUGUGGUCAAGAAACUGAAAGCCAGUAUCCAGGACACACAGAAAGAAAAGAAUCAGACGGAGACAGAAACCACCAUACUGAGAACUGAGAAUCAGCAGCUAAAUCAGGAACUGCAGGGUGUGCAUAAGCAGUGCAGAAAGACAGCCCAAGAACUUGCCAGUCAAGAUGAAAAACUUCUUCUAAUGGAAUCCAGCUUGAAAGCAACUCAAGAGCAGCUAAGUGAGCAAAUAGCAGAAACAGUUCGCCAAGAACAGAACAGUAGAAAAUCACAGACAGAGCUGAAGACCCUGAGAGAACAUAUUAUAGCUUCUGAAGAAGAAAUUAGUGAUUACAAGUGAGUUACUGCUUUUUCAGUAUUCGAGAAACAGAAGACAUUAAAGUCAACAGUAAAUCCUUUUAAUAUGUACUGUAUUAAUCAUUUCUCUCAGUCAUAUUUUCAGGACUCUGCUGCAACAUAAUUUUCACUUCCCAGCUUUGU